AUGUACAUAUCUUAUGUGUGUGAUCAGCAAGCAUACAAGUGGUUGCUUAUGUGUGUGUGUGUGUGGUUUUUAGUGCGGUAUGGGGUGUUUUAUAUAGAAGCGUGUGGUGGUGGUAGUGGUAGUGAUGGUUGGUGGUUGUCUGUGGGUGGUGGUAGAAGUAGUAGUAGUAGUAGUGGUAGUGGUGGUGGUGGUGUGUUAGUGUCAGUAUCAUCAGCACAAAAAGGAAGGAAGGAAGGAAGGAAGGAGUCUGCUGCUUUUUAUUACAGGAUAACAAGAAAAGAAGGAAGAAGAAUCAUUCAUCAUCAUCAUCAUUCAUCAUCAUCAUCAUCAUCAUCAUCGAAGCGCAAGCUAGAGAUAAAGAGAUUACAACAGAUAAAUCUUACAUCAAACACAACAACAACAACAAUCAAACAACAACCUAUCAAUUGA